AUGCCACAUAUCGUGGCACAAAAGUCCAUAUUAUUGUUAAUUUCACACAAUACAUUUCUAAUAUCAUCAUUUCUCUCUAUGGACGUGGAUAUGGCAUUAUCGUCAACGCCAACCAUGCGUUCGGCAGUUUCCGUCCCUCGCUCUGAAGCUGCCCCAAUAGCAGCACCCCGGACCAACCCUGCACCGGCAGCGUCUCGAACUACGACAGGCUCCACCGCGACAACGGCUCCGCGUCAAAGCACGCCAGCAUUACCAGCGGAUCUGCAACUAAUUCGUUGUCCACUAUGCCGCCGCCCUCAUCGGCUAUCGCACUGCGGUAUCUUCAAAAGCAUGCCGCCGAUGCAACGCCAGCAGGUGGCACAGGCGCAUGGGUAUUGCCUGAAUUGUCUGGCAACUUCCCACGCAACUCAGGAGUGCCCAUCUCCUAAUCGUUGCCAAAUCUGUGUGCGAGCACAUCAUACGCUGCUGUACCGCACUACCAGACGCGACUCCGGGCGCCCACCGGCUUCUCGCACCAGUGGUAACAUCAGGCGUUCUCAAAGGACUCCUGUGACGGCAUACCGCCGGCGCGGACCCUCUGCAGCAGAAUCCCGUCCUUGGCGCCAAAACCGGGCAACAUCAAUACGACGCCAUCAGCUUAGGCCGCAAUCCCGCCGGUCAACAGGUCUCAGCAGCGUUGUAGCAACGCUACAGCAGCUACAGCGGCUUCUAGGCUAAAUACUCGCCUAGAGGGGCCGGGAUGGCUAAAUGAGUAGCGACGUCGCAUCACAUCUGCAUCAAUUCAUCACACCGGAUCGACUAUUCACCUCAUCACGCGAGCGAACACCACACAUUAACACACAUACACGCACAUGCACCCAAACGCAGUCUAAUUAGAACAAAAGGAAUAGAGAAAGCAGCUCGCGCACCUUUCGUUAAUACGACGUCGAGCACGCAGCAUCGCUUAUCGCAGCAUCUCGGUUCCCGUUCGCUACCCGCAUCUAUAUUUUUAUAAAGUUUUCACUUAAUAUUAAACUAAUUUUCAUAAUAACUUUCAUCAUUGAGUAUAUAUAUAUAAUAUAUAUUUAACGGUUUUAAAACUACUGUUUAGUAAAUUGAAAUUCAUUUUAUAAUAAUACCCUUAAGUGAAUUUGAAAGGAAAUAAAAAGUUUAUAACGAUCUUCGAAAUUUAGUGGAUGUAUUUUUGGAAAAUUCUAACUACCCCUAACCCCUUAAGCUGAAAGUAAAGUAGUGAGGUUCUUUUUCGUAUGGCUUCUUCUCUUAAAAAACUUGUGGACACUAGAGAUGAGCGAUAUUGCGAUUUUUAAAUCACUGUGAUUUCAGUGAUUGCUAUUUUUAAAUCACUGUGAUUUUAUAUUCAGCCCUAUUCUGCAUUUCUACUCGAAUCGAAAUUUUUUCAGUUAGGCAACUUUGGUAUUCUGCGUUUCGAUUAGUUUCGAUCAAUCUUCGAAAUUUCCGAUUUUAUGUAUUCUACAUUACGAUCGUAGUUCCGUUUUUGUAAGUUGAACUUUUGUUGGCGUAGAGCGGUCAUAUUUUGGUUUUAGUGUACUUUUAAAAUAUAAUUUUCCCAAAAAUGUAAGUAAAAUUUGUUGUUGAUAGUUUAAAAGUCACCAACAUGAUUUAUUGAAGUUUUUUGUGCUUUA